AUGGUGAUCGGAAGAAAGGUUACUACUCGCCGUGGUUCACGGUCUUCAACUUCAGCACGACGAGCUUCCAUUCCCGAAGACUCGCCUCCCGGAUCUCCGAUUGCUCCUGAUCUCUUCUCGGAAUCGAUCGACAGUAUCCACUCUCCAUUCCAUCUCACUAGCGGUGAUAAUCCAGGCAUCUCGCUCAUAUCUGAGGUACUCGAUGGAUCCAACUUCGAUAAUUGGCGUAUUGCGAUGAACAUUGCUCUCGAUGCUAAAAAUAAGUUAGCAUUUGUUGAUGGAUCUCUCCCUCGUCCAAGCGAAUCCCAUCGACAUUUCAGAAUCUGGUCUAGAUGCAACUCUAUGGUGAAAUCAUGGCUUCUCAACUCAGUCUCGAAACAGAUCUAUCGGAGCAUUCUACGUUUCAACGAUGCUUCGGAGAUUUGGAAGGAUUUACUCACGAGGUUCCAUAUCACAAAUUUACCUCGUUCUUAUCAGUUAUCCCAGCAGAUUUGGUCUCUUCAGCAAGGAUCAAAUGAUCUAGCUACUUACUACACCAAAUUAAAGACGCUAUGGGAUGAAUUAGAUGGAGCGGAUUGUGUGACUACUUGUGGAUCUUGUGAUUGUUGCAAAGCUACUUCGACUAAAUCUGAUCAUGCUAAGGUCAUUAAGUUCUUGGCAGGAUUGAAUGAUAGUUAUGGUGUGAUUAGAAGCCAAAUUAUCAUGAAGAAACAUAUUCCGGAACUCUCUGAGGUAUACAACUUGCUUGAUCAAGAUCACAGUCAACGAAGCUUCUCUCCUGUUCAGAAUGCUACUGCGUUUCAAAUGACUGUCCCUGAUCCAGCUCCUUCUUCCGUCAAUGCUGCUUCAGCUCCAUACAGGUCUAAUCCGAAUCGCCCUAUCUGCUCUCAUUGUGGUUAUAAUGGUCAUACCAUCGAGACAUGCUACAAGAUUCAUGGAUACCCUAUUGGCUUCAAGCACAAGUCGAAGCAGCAGCCAGAUAAACCGGGAUUCUCAGCUCAGAAACCUCAGUCUUCUCAGAAACCAGUAGUUGCUCAGCUUGCUAUCUCAUCUGCAGGCUCUAAUGACAACAAGCUUCACGAAAUCAUCAACACACUUUCAAAGGAUCAGAUUCAAGGCGUGAUUGCUUAUUUCAAUUCUCAGCUGCAAAUGUCGCCUCAACAAAACGCAGCUUCUUCAAAUUCAGGUGGAACUAUCACGGCACUUCCCGGUAUGGCAUUUUCUUCCUCUACGCUUUGCUUUGUUGGUGCAUUGCGAGCUACUGGAAAUGCCUUAUCAUCUCAGUCAUGGAUCAUAGACAGUGGGGCUACUCACCAUGUCUGUCAUGAUAAGAAUUUGUUUGUUAAUAUUUCUGAUUCUUUGAAUAGAGCAGUCACACUACCUACUGGCAUUGGAGUUGAGAUUGCUGGUAUUGGUACUGUUAAGUUGAAUGCUUCCUUGGUUUUGAACAAUGUCCUGUUUAUCCCUCAUUUCCGACUGAAUCUACUCAGCAUAAGUCAGCUUACAAAGGAUUUGGGUUAUCGUGUGGUUUUUGAUGAAAGUUCUUGUAUGAUACAGGAUCAUACCAAGGGGCUGAUGAUUGGUCAGGGUGACGAGAUUUCGAACUUAUAUGUUCAGGAUACAGCUGCUCUCACAGAUAACAUUGCAUCUUCUUAUAUGUGUUCCAAUAUUGUAGUCGACUUGACUGUUUGGCACAAUAGACUAGGUCAUCCUGCUAUGUGUAAAACAGAUUUUUUGAAAGAUGUACUUGGUGUUAAACAAAGGAAUAAAGAUUCACAUUGUGCUAUUUGCCCUCUUGCAAAGCAAAAACAUAUUCCUUUUGUUUCCAAGCAUAACAUCUGUGAGCAUCCUUUCGAUUUGUUACACAUUGACACUUGGGGUCCUUUUUCUGUUCCUACUGCAGAGGGUUACAGAUAUUUCUUGACCAUUGUGGAUGACCAUACUCGUGUCACAUGGGUAUAUUUGAUGCGUACGAAGGAUGAGGUUCUCACUGUUUUUCCUGAGUUUUUGAAGAUGGUGGAGACUCAGUAUCACGCAGUUGUUAAAGGUGUCAGGUCUGAUAACGCUCCAGAGUUGAAAUUUGCUUCUCUGUUCAAGCAGAAAGGGAUUGUUUCUUACCAUUCAUGCCCGGAAACGCCUGAGCAGAACUCGGUGGUGGAACGAAAACACCAACACAUUCUCAACGUGGCCCGAGCUCUUAUGUUUCAAGCCCACGUCCCUCUAGAAUAUUGGAGUGACUGCGUUCUCACGGCCGUGUUUUUGAUCAACCGGCUACCUACACCUCUACUCAAUGACAAGUCUCCAUAUGAAGUAUUGACUACCAAGCCUCCGGACUACAGUGGCUUACGAGUCUUCGGUUGUCUUGCUUACUGUUCUAGUUCCUCAAAACAUCGUCACAAGUUUCAACCACGUGCAAAGUCUUGUGCCUUUCUGGGCUAUCCUGCUGGUUGUAAAGGUUACAAACUACUGGACUUGGAAUCAAACACGGUACACGUCUCGAGGAAUGUCGUGUUCCAUGAAGAAAUUUUUCCAUUUUCCACAGGUGACUCGGAUUUUCCUCUUGAUUUCUUCAAUCUGGAUUCAGAAACUUUGAACACUGAUAGUCCAAAUAUGGUUCAUCGGGCUGUUCCUGUAGUCGAGGUUGGCGCUCCUACGGUCGAGAACAUUAAUCCCACCCAUAUUUGUUCUCGUUCUGAAGUUUCUAAUCCCGGAAAUGAAGAGGAAAAUACGAAGAGAGCUUCCAAGCGACCUGCUUAUUUGGAGGAAUACUAUUGCCAUGUUCAAGAUGCAGAUAUUCCGUAUCCUCUGGCGAAUUUCAUGUCUUAUGGACAGCUCUCAGAUGAAUACAGAGCUUACAUUUGUGCUCUAACCUUACUACCUGAACCGGUCUCUUUUAAAGAUGCUCUGAAGUUCGAUGAGUGGAUUCAGGCUAUGAACGAAGAAUUAAUGGCACUUGAGAAGACGGAUACAUGGGAUAUAUGCUCUCUGCCUCCUGACAAACACGCUAUUGGCUGCAAAUGGGUUUACAAGCUCAAGCUCUUGGCGAAUGGUUGUUUGGAACGGUAUAAGGCCCGUUUAAUGACUACGGUGAAGACCCUUCUCGCCGUCUCCGCUGCAAAGAAUUGGAGUUUGAAACAAUUAGAUAUCUCCAAUGCUUUUCUGAAUGGUGAACUUGAAGAGGAGAUUUACAUGACCCUCCCUCCUGGUUACACACCUAAGGAAGGUGUCACUUUACCACCAAAUGCAGUCUGUAAGUUGAAGAAAUCUCUCUAUGGACUUAAGCAAGCCUCGCGUCAAUGGUUUCUCAAAUUCAGUUCUACACUUUUGCAUUUGGGUUUCAAGAAGUCGCAUGCUGAUCAUACGCUUUUUAUCAAACGCGUUGAUGGUCAUUAUAUUGCUGCUCUGGUAUAUGUGGAUGACAUCAUUAUAGCUAGUAAUAAUGAUGAAGAUGUUCAGUUACUAGUUGCAGAUCUGCAGAAAGCUUUUAAGCUCCGAGAUUUGGGUGAAUUACGCUACUUUCUGGGUUUGGAGAUUGCUCGUUCCAGAAAAGGUAUCUCCAUCUGUCAGAGGAAGUACACACUCGAACUCCUUGAAGAAACGGGUAUGCUUGCGUGUAAGCCUUCGAGUAUACCUAUGGACCCUAGUUUGAAACUCGCUUUGGAUUCUGAUGAACCGGUUCUUGAGGAUAUUACUCCGUAUCGCCGCCUUGUAGGGAAGAUGAUGUAUCUCACCAUCACUCGCCCUCAUAUCACCUACGCCGUCAAUCGGUUAUGCACGAUCGGCUUGGGUGUGUUCUACUCAGCUGAUUCUGACUUACUCCUCAAAGGGUUUACUGAUGCAGACUGGAACUCUUGCACUGAUUCCCGUCGCUCCACCUCUGGUUUUUGUAUGUUCCUUGGUCCUUCUCUUAUCUCUUGGAAGUCCAAGAAGCAACAAACCAGUUCUCACUCUUCAGCGGAAUCCGAGUACCGCGCUAUGGAGUUCGCCGUUCGUGAGAUUUCGUGGCUCGUCAAUCUUCUCACUGAAUUUGACGUCCAUCAGCCUCAGCCGGUGGCGUUCUACUGCGAUUCCACUGCUGCAAUCCAUAUUGCCAAUAAUGCAGUCUUUCACGAGCGGACCAAGCACAUUGAGAAUGAUUGUCACAUUGUUCGUGAUCGUAUUGUGAGUGGCCUGAUCAAGACGCUGCAUAUUCGUACGGAGACGCAAUUGGCGGAUGUCUUUACUAAACCAUUGUAUCCUACUCAGUUUCAGUUUCUUAUUGGCAAGAUGUCGUUAUUGUCAAUAUACCCGCCAUCUUGA